CGUCACGUCCCCUACGCCACUGCGUCCUCUGUAUCUCCAGAUCCGUCGCUUUGAUUUGGACGGGGGGGAAAUCCUUAACUGAAUUGCGUCAUAAAUACGUCAAUAAACUCUCAUUCACUGGCGACCAGGUACCACGAUAGCCGCCAUAUUCGCAUCCAUGGCAGGGUAGCGGCGCUCUAGGCAAGCGUGUUGUCCAGAUAUCAGCAUCAACCAUUCCCCCCCCGCAGCGACCCCCGGAACCCAGACCCCGACCCCCACAGCGGUCUGCGGCCACACGGCUUGGAUCCGGUCAUCAAAGCAGGGCAGCCGGACUUCCACGGAGGGGAAGACAUGCAACGUGGAGCGGGGGUCUAGGACUGCGAUGCCGUAGACUUAGAGAGCAAUCCUGGCACAAGAUGGAGGUAAACAGCGUCUCUAGUGAGGUCAACGGACAUGAGAUCAUGGACGAGCCCAUGGAGGAGGGAGAGUCUUUCUCACACUGUGAUGAAGAUACGUACGAGGAGAUUCCUAUCACCCACCAUGUGAAAGAAGGCUGUGAGAAAGCGGAUCCAUCUCAGUUUGAACUGCUCAAAGUCCUCGGCCAGGGCUCUUUCGGCAAGGUGUUUCUUGUCAGGAAGAUCUUGGGUCCAGAUGCUGGUCAGUUAUAUGCAAUGAAAGUCCUAAAAAAGGCAUCUUUGAAAGUCAGGGACCGAGUUCGCACUAAGAUGGAAAGAGACAUUUUAGUGGAAGUCAAUCAUCCCUUCAUAGUGAAGCUGCACUAUGCCUUCCAGACAGAAGGGAAACUGUAUUUAAUACUGGACUUUCUCAGGGGAGGGGAUGUAUUCACUCGCUUAUCCAAAGAGGUUAUGUUUACAGAGGAAGAUGUGAAAUUCUACCUUGCAGAGCUGGCCCUGGCCCUUGACCACUUGCACAGCCUGGGCAUAGUUUACAGAGACCUAAAGCCGGAGAACAUCUUACUUGAUGAAGCUGGACACAUAAAGUUAACAGACUUUGGUUUGAGUAAAGAGUCAGUAGAUGCUGAUAAGAAGGCUUAUUCCUUCUGUGGUACGGUGGAGUAUAUGGCCCCUGAGGUGGUCAACAGGAGAGGACACACACAGAGCGCGGACUGGUGGUCUCUGGGAGUGCUUAUGUUUGAGAUGCUAACGGGGACGCUACCAUUCCAAGGGAAAGACCGUAAUGAAACCAUGAACAUGAUCCUCAAAGCAAAGUUGGGAAUGCCCCAGUUCCUGAGUUUGGAAGCCCAGAGUUUGCUGAGAAUGCUGUUCAAACGUAACCCUGCUAACCGGCUAGGGGCCGGGCCCGACGGAGUGGAGGAGAUCAAACGGCACGCUUUCUUUUCCACCAUCGACUGGAAUACACUGUACAGGAGAGAGCUCCAGCCCCCGUUCAAGCCUGCGGCAGGUAAACCAGAUGACACCUUCUGCUUUGACCCAGAGUUCACCGCUAAAACGCCUAAAGACUCCCCAGGUAUCCCUCCCAGUGCUAACGCCCACCAGCUCUUCAAAGGCUUCAGUUUUGUGGCUCCAAACCCGAUGGACGAGAACAAGAGCUCCCCACUGCUCAGCAUACUCCCCAUAGUCCAGAUGCACGGGGGCUCGACCAAGUUCUCUGAUCUUUACGAGCUGCAGGAGGACAUUGGGGUGGGCUCCUACUCCAUUUGUAAACGCUGUGUACACCGAGUCUCUGCCAUGGACUACGCUGUGAAGAUUAUAGACAAAAGUAAGAGGGACCCUUCUGAAGAGAUCGAAAUCUUGAUGCGAUACGGACAGCACCCCAACAUCAUCACACUGAAAGACGUGUAUGACGAGGGCAGGUAUGUCUACCUCGUGACUGAGCUAAUGAAGGGAGGGGAGCUGCUGGACAAGAUCCUCAGGCAGAAGUUUUUCUCUGAGAGGGAGGCCAGCGCUGUGCUCUACACCAUCACCAAGACUGUUGACUACCUCCACUGCCAAGGGGUGGUGCACCGAGACCUGAAGCCCAGUAACAUCCUAUACAUGGAUGACUCGGGAAACCCAGACUCCAUCCGGAUCUGUGACUUUGGAUUCGCCAAACAGCUUCGGGGGGGCAACGGCCUGCUCCUCACGCCCUGUUACACCGCCAACUUUGUGGCGCCAGAGGUACUUAUGCGGCAAGGUUAUGAUGCAGCCUGUGAUAUAUGGAGUCUUGGAGUUCUACUGUAUACUAUGCUGGCAGGGUACACGCCGUUUGCAAACGGCCCAAACGACACGCCAGAGGAGAUCCUCCUACGGAUAGGAUCGGGAAAGUUCUCUUUGACCGGUGGCAACUGGGACACGGUAUCGGACACCUCAAAGGACCUGCUGUCCCAUAUGCUCCAUGUGGACCCUCACCAGCGGUACACAGCCGAGCAGGUCCUGAAGCAUUCCUGGAUCACCUGCAGAGAUGCGCUACCCCAUUUCCAGCUCACACGCCACGACGCGCCGCAUCUUGUGAAGGGAGCCAUGGCUGCAACCUAUUCCGCACUGAGCCAGAAGACGAGUCAGCCGGUGUUGGAGCCCGUGGCGGCGUCCGGUUUAGCCCAGAGACGCAGCAUGAAGAAACUCACCUCAACUGACAUGUAGACACACACACACACACACACACACCACUCGUCCUGCAGUUUUAGACCUCACUCUUAGUUGGACUGUCACACGCAAACAAACACAGAUCCAAGUCCUGACCAGACCAACCAAUCGUCUCUCUUUUCUGUUCAGUUUUUAAUCUAUUUAUUUGGAACACUCACACACUCACACUCACACACACACACACACACAAGCGCAUAGUCACGAUGGACGAGGGGUCUUUGUGGAGAAGUGGGCUGAGGGGAGACUCACAUAUCUUUAACUGCUGGGGAGACAGACUUGUAUUUAUUUCCACAGCUUUCAUAUGCACUUGCCCUCCUCGCCUUUCGUUCUCCCUUCCUCGUGUCGGGAAGAAACAAACCAGCUGAUGUGCUCCUUCACUGUGAUUGGCUGAUUCCGAGCUGCUUUUGGUAAAACUGUGCCCCUCUCCCGCUCUGCUCUUCGUCUGCGCCCUGCUGUUUCCCCCCUCCUCGGUUCUCUCUCUUGCGCUUGUUGUCCGUCAUGGUCUUAACUUCUCGUCUUUGAAGCCGGGGUUUGUGUGGGCCAGUGCUGGCAGGGCGAUGUGGACUGAGGGACAUUGCAAGACAUUUUCCUCAUUUAAAAAAAAUAAAAAAAUAAAAGAUAAUUCUGCUUGUGGCGGAUACAAAAAUUCCCUCGGGAUCAAAAUCAUCUGCCAGCACUUAGGUUCUAUGAAUGCAUGUGUGGAGGGAAUGUGGAUUUAUUUUACCUUCAAAUUCGCCGUCUGACUACUGUCACUUUGUGGCAUCAAAAAAAGGGGGGGUGGGGGUGGGAGGGGCUGUAGAUGAGCUAAAGUUUAUGUAGAGUUUGAAGGUGGAACCAAGUGGUAACAAUGACAGAAAUUCUAGUUUGCAAAAA